AGAUGGCGGCAGGUGCCCGUCAAUGACUUACGAAGUACAGGUAUUGCUUUCUCGCCACUGCGAGCGUCCAACACCAUGCUUGUUAACGCAAUAGAGCAUUCAGAUGUGGAACUGACUAAAGAGCACAUCAAGGAAAUUGGUGAUUUGCUGGAGAGCAAUCAGCUCAGAAUAAUUUCUUUGAGAAAUUGUAAGAUUUCAGAUGUAAACUUUAAACGACUGAUGAAAAGUAGCGGUCGCAGUACAUCAUUGUUACAGAUGUCCCUCAGUGUUGGAGUCAUCUCCGACCAACAACGAAUAGAACUCCUGGCACAAGCUCUGAGGAAAAACAAGCUUCUGAAGUCAUUACAUAUCCAUGGUAACCCGAUAGGUGAUGAAGGACUGAAGGUGAUAGCAGAGGCAUUGUCAUACAACUCUCAUGUAACAUCCCUUGAUGUUGGUGACUGUGACUUGGGAGAUGCUGCUAUACAACACUUAAGGCUUUUGCUGAUGCCAACAUCAGAACAAGAAGGUUUAUCUGAACUGGGUCUCAGUGCCAACACAAGGAUCAGCACAGCUGGAUGGGCAAGUCUAGCCAUGACAGUGGCCCACUCCCCAAACCUGAGGCGUGUCUACCUCGACUACAACAAUUUGGAGGACAUCGGGGCCAGCAGCCUGCUGGUGGGCGUGGCAGCCAACCAGCAGAUUGAGGCCCUCGACUUUGAAGGCACCGGGGUCACAGAGAAGACAGCCCAGCUUCUGUUAGAUCUACUGCAAAACUACCCUGGCAAAUUACGAAAAAUAACUCUCAGUGAAAAUAAGGUGAAGAAGAGCACUGUUGCAGCCAUCAAAUCAAUCCUGCGUGCCAAUGUCCCCGAUGAUGCCAGUAUUGAUGCGAGUGAGGAUGACUUCCUGUCCACCACUGCCAGUGUGAACUCCUCACAGGGGCACACUUCCUGCACCAGCGAUGCCCUGAGUGAGACCAGCAGCUCCGUGACUGAAGUGACAGACACAGAGGGCAGUGUUCAAAGUGAGACCAGUACCGUGAAGGAUCUGGUGUUGACUGACAUCGAAGAUCCAGUCGAGAAAACACAGGUGGAGAAAGUAGAUGCUGCCAAAAAGAAGAAGAAGAAGAAAGUGAAGGAGGAAGAAGAGGAAGAUCUGGGUGAGGAGCUCAAGGAGGUGCCAGUAUUUUGGUGAUUUUCCUUCUGGAUUCAGUCAGGGUCAUGUGGAGGUUCUGAGAUUGGACCUACUUCAACUUGUUACUCAUUUUAUCACAGUAUCAGUAUCACCGAACAAAGCAUUUCCACACCUAAAUAUAUAUCUCAGUUAACACAAUGUCUUGUUCUGUAACACUGUCUUGAACUUGAGAGCUCAUAUUAUGUAUUUCUUGUGCUCAAAAACACUACAUGUUGCUGUAUUCUAGCACAGUGUCAAGUCUGGCUGUGUAUUGUCUGUCUGGAGGCAGUAGUCAUGACAGACGUAUCUGCUGGUGUUCUGUGAUGCGAUAUUGGCUUGUGACCGUAUUUACAUCACUUCGACAUUGAUGUAAGAUUUAUGAGCUCGGUGUAGAUUGGAUUCUUCCAUGAUUGUGUGUACAUGUAUAAAUCACCAUGUCUGUGAUUCCAACUGUUCAUAGUAACAAAUGUUAAUAUGGGAUUACACUUUCUUAGUUAAGUAGAAGUUCUCGAACUUUUGGGGGGGUUGAGUCCCAUCUGGGAUUCGAACCCACACUCUCAGAGAGAGGCACCUAAUCACCAGCACACAAAGUCAGCGAUUUAACCCACUAAGCCAUGUACGUGAUCUAGACUACCAGUUGUUGGACUUCCAUUUUGUGGAAGCCUCGGUGGCUGAGUGGGUUAGAUCGCUGAUAUUGUGUUUAUUUUCACAAGUAUUCCCACAAAUUGACAAUUUACAGGACUGCAGACUCUAAAGAUAUGUGCGUGCCUGAAAAAUGCAUGUAAUGUCUCUUCAUUUCAUACGAACAUCCCACCGUUCGAAAUAAUAAGCACCAACAUCCAGAUAUCUGUAGCUGCUGUUGUGUUCAUAUUCUGCCUGUUUACUGAUGUCAGAAUUGAUGGGAAGAAUCUAUGCAAUUAGAUCUUAGCCAGUUGAUACUCUCUUCACUGCCAUGUGGGCUUCAUGUAAAACUGUGUGUCCAAUCAAAACACAGGCUGAUACCUCCAGCAUUCACAUGUCAUAUUUUUUAACCGAUAUUUGCCUGAUUAUCAGAGGCUAUUUUACAUAUUGACUUACACAAUUGUUAUCUUAAUAUUACGAGAUGUUGGAAACAUUACGAUCUGAUCAGCACUGUACUUAACCCAGCCAUGUUCCUUGGGACAGUCGCUAUUAUAUUUCCACAAUUCUCAUAAAACACUUGCUGUGCGGAACAGACUCCAGGAUCUCAGAAUUUACACUUUGGCUUAAAAAAUAAUAGUCUUAGUUCUUAGGCACUGCCAGCAUCAUCAGAGUUUGCCACAUGUUUCGUUUUUAUUUCCAUUUUUUUAAAAAAUAUAUGAAUCCAUAAAUAUUCCACCGAUUAUUGUCCGAUCAGCAUGAUCAGUAUAUACACGAUUUCGCUGAAAUUGAUGUAGACAAAAAUAAGACAACAUAAGUCCAGAUACACACCAAACACUUCCAUUGCCCAAUACUGUAACAUGACUCACUUCAGUACGGAGUUGUUGACAUGCUACUUCCAGUGUUAUGUGCUUAUGUCUCAGCGUAGUGAAAUAAUGCCUAAGCUCAAUCUUUGCUAUAUAUUAUGCACACUGCAUGGAGAGUAGUCAAAUACUAUAUUUUACUCCCAAGGAAUACAUUUUUUAUUUUUUUUAUUUAAUUAUUUAUUCCAUUUCCCAUCAAGGGAAUACAUUUAUAUAUAGCGAGGUCCUUUGCCAGAUUGAUUGUACACAACUUAUUAUUUGGUUACAUACUAAUUUGAACACACACACACCCCUCCCCCCCAAAAAAAUGCAACAAAAAACAACUGCCUGCACACACUACAUUUUCAAAAGCCAUUGCCAGAGAACCAAUUCUUUUAUUUUUUUAAGCCUUAUGUUAUGGUUGUAGCUCUCACAUUUAUGUGCUAGAGGAGCCUGGUGGUCCGUCUCACUAUUUACCUGUCAUGUCACAGAAGUUGUUGUACACUAUGCAUCAGCAGAAAAUCAAAUAUGGCCACUUCUCCCACAUACAAGCAUAUCUUAUGCAGAAUAUGAUGUCUGUAUAACAUGUAGUAUUUAUUACCCUUAGUUGUGCCAAAUUAUUGUUAUUUAAUAGUUUUUUUAGUUUAUAUACAAUAUAAUUGUACAUCCAUGUUGAUAUUAUGUAUCAUAAAUAAUGACACUAUAAACUUGUUUAAAUAUCAUUGUAUAUUUGUAUCUUGCUGCAGUUGUCUACCUGUCUCAGUACUGAAGUUUAUUCUAGAGGAGACUGAUGUCAAAAUAUAUACUUCUUUCAUCUUGAAGUUCUUGCCAUAAAAGGCAACUAUGCUUGUUGUAAGAGGCGACUAAUGGGAUCGGGUUGUCAGGCUCGCUGACUUGGUUGAUGCACGUCAUCAUAUCCCAAAUGCAUGGAUCGAUGCUCAUGAUGUCAAUUACUGGAUUGUCUGGUCCAGAUUCGAUUAUUUUUAAGAACGCUGUCAUAUAGCUGGAAUAUUGCUGAGUGCAGCAUUAAACAACAAACAAACAUAAUGAAGUUCCAGACCAUGUGUACAGUAAUAAUUCUCCCAGUGCUAGGAGUGAUCACCAGGUAUUACAUCAUCUGAUUUACCAUGAAACGACCACCUUAUAAUGAAGACCUUGUCUUUCAGGCCAGACCUUUUUGAAACUUGGUUUAUGAACCUGCCAAAUUGAAAUGUGAAAAAAAUAAAAAUGUAAAGCAGUAAAUUUUUCUACCAACCAGAAAUAAGUAAAUGUUGAAAAAAAAUCAUUUUGAAGCUGGACUCAAUCAAUCAAUAAAAAUAAAUUAUUAAGAGCGCUAUCUAAUUAAAACCUGUUGAGCAGUUAUCUUCAAAACACAAUGAAUAAUGACGAAUCACGAGAGGAAAUAAAUCAAAAUAUCCGAAAUCAGAGUUUUUAUUUUGUAUAUUUUUUCAACCUGACCUGAUGUUUUGGGGCAAAAAUCUAAGCUUCUAUGUUCAGUGCAGGUUUCUGUGAAACCCAUCCUUGUUUAAGCAGUUACUUCAUCUCCAUUCUGUUAGGGUAAUACCCAGGACCAAUUCUCUACCAUAGGCUUGUUUCGGGACUGCAUCUCCAUUCUGUUAGGGUAAUACCCAGGACCAAUUCUCUACCAUAGGCUUGUUUCGGGACUGCAUCUCCAUUCUGUUAGGGUAAUACCCAGGACCAAUUCUCUACCAUAGGCUUGUUUCAAGACUGAAUCACACGUUAAAAAUGGCAGUCGCACAUAAUUACUCCUAUACAAGAGUUGUGGGAACAUACGGGAGAGAUGCGGAUCCCAAACAAUCAAUGGUAGCUGAUUGGUCCAAAACAAGUACUUUAGCCACAAGAGAAUGCAAAAAUGCAGAAAACGUGGAAUGUUACGUAAUAAAGGUUGUUUUAGUUCUUUAUCAAUUGUAUUGAUUUUAGUUAACUGGAGCAAAUUGUUGAACUGCUUGUAUGCUUUAUGUAGUUUAGUUAUGAGGUUCCUAGUUUCCCUCACUUCACAGACAGAAUAAAUACUCACCUUACA